AUGCAUGAAUGUGUUUUCCAUUCGAAUUUAACUACAACACGCGCGUCGUUUUUCACUUGUAGAAGAGUCAUUCUAUUUUCUCUGUUUACAAAUAAAAACAACGACGAUCACCAGUCGAAGUCAUUCAACAUGCCGAAUUACUCUAGCUCUUCGGUCAACACGGUCGACUGGGCGAUGGGUUAUGAGGGCAGUUGUACAGUCAAACAACGAAAUCUUUUAGAAGGUCUACAAGUUUCAUCAACACCAACACCGCCGCCAUUUCAGGAUUUUAUCUCACUUGUUCAUACAAAGAAACGAACUCAUACAAGUCUAAGUCUUAGCAGUAACAGUAGUGAUGGUAGUUAUUAUCUUCCACAUCAAACUCCAUCACCAUUACUCGAUCAUACCAAUUACAAAUAUGCGAAAAUUCGUGCACGACCACUUUAUAACUUUAAUUACAAUGAAUCAAGUAUUUGGACACAUUCAUCUACAUCUACGACGGAUUCUUUAUCGAAUGCAUUACCAUUCGAUAUGGAUGUUGUGAAUAAAUUUUUUGUGAAAGAAAAUAAAACCAUUCAGCAAAGUCCGCGAACAUCAUUCUCAACAACAUCAAUGACCCGAUCAUUUCAAAUACUCGAUAAAUCGUCUCAAAUCACAUAUGAUGUCACCAUGCGUCAUUUAAUUCAAUUAUUAUCGAAAACACACUCAACUAUUGAUGAUGUUCUUCGCGGAGUCGAUACAGGCGAUAUCAACAGUGAAUGGCUUCAAUGUGUCCAACGUUUAAAUAAACAGUUUCAAAAGCAUUGCAAAAACAAACUUCAAUUCGAAACUUUUAAUCUCGAACAUUUACACGAACUCAAUCCCGUUGAACAAUUCUUCGUACAACUCCUUCGUAUACCAAAUUACAAUUUUAAAUUGAAAUGUUACCAAUAUCGUGAUGAAUCUCAUUCCCAAUUACUCUUAUUAAAUCAAAUUAUCGAUCAGCUAUUACAUGGAAUCAAUCGCAUUCUUAAUCACGAACAUUUACCGCAUAUCUUGCAAAUCUUAUGUCUUUUAUACAACAUUGUCUCGAAUAAGUGUGUGCCCGGUCUGGAUUUCAUUUCGUUAGUCGAUGCAUUGAAUUCGCCGACAAAUCAGUCGAAUAAAACAGUUGCACAUGUUUUAGUUGAAAUUCUUGAUAAAUACUAUCGAAAUACGUUGGUUCAUACGAUUAACGAUGAAACGUUGAUUGAAUUGAAGAAAGUCCAUACAAUUAAAUACGAUAAAAUCUGUGCGGAGAUCCGCGAAAUCUAUGAACAAUAUCAGCAAAUGACAUAUGAAUACUCUCUGUUAAAAAACAAUUACGAUUUACCAUUAUUUAUCUCGUCGAUGCUCUCUGAGAGCAAAAUUCAAUUCGAAAACUUCUUUGAAAAAGAAAAUCUGCUGAGAAAAGGUGAACGAGACCUCGCUGCAUAUUUCUGCUCGAAUGAUUUAUCAGUUGAUUGUUGUUUAUCAAUGGUUGGUCAGUUUAUCGAUAAACUUCGGUUAGCAAAUUUGGAAAACACGAAUGAACAGCAGCGAAGGUUGUCAGUCAAAGGAAAUGAACGUCAACGUUCAACGUCAUUGUUGAUAAACACUGCCGCUUCGUUUUUAUCAUGUGUUUGA